GGCCGUGGUCGAUGGCGUCGAUUUGGCCCUGCAUGCGGCACUGGUUUGAGUCGGAUCAGAACCCCGCGACAAGACCUCCUCCAUCGUGGCCGUCGAGCAAGGACCGACGACAUCACAAGGUCCCGUCAUCGCCCUCGCCUCCCUCACGACACCACCGGCGCCAAUGGCGACCGCAAUACCUUCGAUCGCAUGCCUGGGGGUGAUAGGCAGAAAUAACAACCCCCUCCACAUCUCCCUCUUCCCGUCCCACGACCCGGCCACCAACACGCUCGCGCCCGUGCGCACGCCGCUGCAGUUCAGCCUGCUGCUCUCGUCGACCCUCGACGUCUUUGAGCUGCGCGCCCGCAACCACGCCGCCGGCGGCACCGGGCUUAGCGGCGACCUGGGCCUGCUGCAUGCCGUCGACGAGCGCCUGGCCGCCUACGGCUUCGAGACCAACACGGGCGUGCGCUUCGUCAUCGUCGUCGACAUGCGCGGCCGCCGCGUCGACGCCAGCGUCGCCGCCGCCCUCGGCGGUGCCACCCCCGCCUCCUCCUCUGCCACCGGCGGGGAUGCCAAGGGGGGCGGCGCUGCCGGGGGUGUCGCGGGUGGGGGCGCCGCGGCGAUGGGGAGGGCCGCCGCCGCCGUGGGUCUGAGAGAAGGCGAGAUGAAGCCUGUCUUCAGGGCAAUGCAAACGGCCUACAUUAGGCUUCUGCAGAACCCUUUCUUCGAGCCCGACGAGCACUCGCCCCCUGGCGAGCAGGGCGGCAAGAAGAUCACGAGCCGCCGGUUUGCCGACGACAUGAGGCGGAUCGGUGAGGCGUGGACCCCCGGCGUGACGAGCCUGUAAUGGAGUUCUCUCCUGUCUUUUAUGCAUUCAUGACGGCGUUUCUGCUCUCCCACUUUGUUUCCUGACGGAUGAACCUGGAGUUUUUGGCGUUUACAGCUUACGGAGCGGGGAGUUCUCGAUAGAGCCUUGUGAUUCCAUCUUGAAUAAAGACAUUGUUCAGGACUGCGCUAGACGUCCUCGCUAACCCGGGCGACGGAGCCCCAACCCCUGACGAGAGCCCUCCA